GACUUGGCUAGGUUUCUCAAGCCUUCUUCACUCUCCAAACUUUCACCAAACUCUUAGCCCCCGCCUCCCCGAAACCAAAACACAACAAGCUCUGGAGGAGCUGCAAGCAACGCGGCGGGGCGGGUGGACGGGCGGGGGGGGACAGCCUCGGGAGGCUGAUGCAACUUUCCCUUUAAGAAAGCCACCUGGGCGCACCGCGGUGCGGACCCAGCCAGCCUGGGCCGGGGGCUGCAGUAUGCUCUUGAGGCCUGUUGCCUGAAAGCAGAAUCUCCAAGUGUGAUCCAGGUCUCCAGAUCCACCACCCCACUGCCACCAUGGUAGGAAAAGGUGCCAAAGGAAUGUUGAAUGGUGCUGUGCCCAGCGAGGCCACCAAGAAGGACCAGAACCUCACACGGGGCAACUGGGGCAACCAGAUCGAGUUUGUACUGACGAGCGUGGGCUAUGCCGUGGGCCUGGGCAAUGUCUGGCGCUUCCCAUACCUCUGCUAUCGCAACGGGGGAGGUGCCUUCAUGUUCCCUUACUUCAUCAUGCUGAUCUUCUGCGGGAUCCCUCUCUUCUUCAUGGAGCUGUCCUUCGGCCAGUUUGCAAGCCAGGGGUGCCUGGGGGUCUGGAGGAUCAGCCCCAUGUUCAAAGGAGUGGGCUAUGGCAUGAUGGUGGUGUCCACAUACAUCGGCAUCUACUACAAUGUGGUCAUCUGCAUCGCCUUCUACUACUUCUUCUCGUCCAUGACGCACGUGCUGCCCUGGGCUUACUGCAAUAACCCCUGGAACACCCCUGACUGUGCCGGUGUGCUGGAUGCUUCCAACCUCACCAAUGGCUCCCAGUCCACUGCCCUGUCUGGCAACCUCUCUCACCUGUUCAACCACACCCUGCACAGGACCAGCCCCAGCGAGGAGUACUGGAGGCUGUAUGUGCUGAAGCUGUCUGAUGACAUUGGAAACUUCGGAGAGGUUCGGCUUCCCCUCCUAGGCUGCCUCGGUGUCUCCUGGGUGGUCGUCUUCCUCUGCCUCAUCCGAGGAGUCAAGUCUUCAGGGAAAGUGGUGUACUUCACAGCCACAUUCCCCUAUGUGGUGCUGACCAUUCUGUUUGUUCGUGGAGUGACCCUGGAAGGCGCCUUCACGGGUAUCAUGUACUACCUGACCCCACAGUGGGACAAGAUCCUGGAGGCCAAGGUGUGGGGGGAUGCCGCCUCUCAGAUCUUCUAUUCCCUGGGCUGUGCAUGGGGUGGCCUCAUCACUAUGGCAUCCUACAAUAAGUUCCACAACAACUGCUAUCGGGACAGCGUCAUCAUCAGCAUUACCAACUGUGCUACCAGUGUCUAUGCUGGCUUCGUCAUCUUCUCUAUCCUAGGCUUCAUGGCCAAUCAUCUGGGUGUGGAUGUGUCCCGAGUGGCAGACCAUGGCCCUGGGCUAGCUUUCGUAGCUUACCCUGAGGCCCUCACACUGCUGCCCAUCUCCCCGCUCUGGUCCCUACUCUUUUUCUUCAUGCUCAUCUUGCUGGGGCUGGGAACUCAGUUUUGCCUCCUAGAGACCCUAGUCACUGCCAUUGUGGAUGAGGUGGGGAAUGAAUGGAUUCUGCAGAAAAAGACCUAUGUGACCUUGGGUGUGGCUGUUGCUGGCUUCUUGCUGGGCAUCCCCCUUCUCAGCCAGGCAGGCAUCUACUGGUUGCUGCUGAUGGACAAUUAUGCAGCCAGCUUCUCCUUGGUUGUCAUCUCCUGCAUCAUGUGUGUGUCCAUUAUGUACAUCUAUGGGCACCGAAACUACUUCCAGGACAUCCAGAUGAUGCUGGGGUUUCCACCGCCUCUCUUCUUCCAGAUCUGUUGGCGUUUUGUCUCUCCAGCCAUCAUCUUUUUCAUUCUCGUCUUCACGGUGAUCCAAUACCGGCCAAUCACCUACAACCACUACCAGUACCCAGGCUGGGCUGUGGCCAUCGGUUUCCUCAUGGCUUUGUCGUCUGUCAUCUGCAUUCCGUUGUAUGCGCUCUUCCAGCUCUGUCGUACAGAUGGGGACACACUUCUUCAGCGUUUGAAAAAUGCCACAAAGCCAAGCAGAGACUGGGGCCCUGCCCUCCUGGAGCAUCGGACUGGGCGCUACGCCCCUACCACAGCCCCCUCUCCUGAAGAUGGGUUUGAGGUCCAGCCACUGCACCCGGACAAGGCCCAGAUCCCCAUCGUGGGAAGUAAUGGCUCCAGCCGCCUCCAGGACUCCCGGAUAUGAGCACAGUUGUUGCAAGGGGAGAAGCCCCACCCAACCCUUGCUCCCACCACAGAGACUGGGGAGGCAGUGGACAGGUGUGACCACCUGCCCCAUCAUGCCCUGGCCAAGACAGCUGCUGUCACUUUGGCCACCACUGCUAGUGCAGACAUUUGUGCUCAUGUCCCCAGUGUUUACAUGUCCUUUGGAUGCCACGACAGCAGUUAAGGGUGGGAAAGUGAUAGGAGGGUUGCUGUGGGGGUGGGGUUGUCCAAAGCACUUUGGAGGAAGUCUCAGGCCAGGUCCCCAGAGGCCUGCCCGGCUUCCUAUGGCCUCUGCUACCCUCACACUCUAUCCUGAGCUGUCUGACUAGGGGACAAGAGGUUCCACACCCCACUGUUGCCCUCCAGCCUCGUAACCAGUGUUCUUGACUGCAGCCUCUGCCCAGGCAAACCUGUAUCUUCCUGCUUGGAAUAAGAUGAGGGGCUACGGGCUCACAGUGUUACUCAGACUGUAUUACCCAGCCCUGUUUAUUUGUGUAAUUAUUUUUGUAAAAAUGGUAUCAUCUGUGGUUGCCACUCCCUGCCCCAGCCUUGGAUCCAGUCUGUCUUCCAGGCCUGCCUGCACCUCAUUUGGCUGCUCCAGGGCCUCUGCCCCUUUGUCCCAAGCCCUGGUUGACAGGCGCAGCCAGCCGAGGCUGUGAACCAGCAGCCUGCCCAAAGCACUUAUGGAGGGAAAGCGAGGGGACUGCUCAGUAGGAAGUUUGAGCCCAAAGCCCUGGGGAAGGGGACCCUGCACGACAUUCCCUUGUCCACCCUCCACCAGGUUGAAGGCCCAGUCUUCCCAUGUGCUACCCCCCCAUUCAAUGUGCCAAAUGGCCCCAGUCCACAUGCCUGUCCGCCCCUGCUCUGCAGUCAGAGCUCCUUCUCCCAUGCCCUGCAGUGUCCGUUUGUCCAUCCUCUGUGCUCUCUGCAGUGACAGCCCUGGCCAAGCCACCUCUAAUCCUCUGUAGCAAUAACGGUGUGCCGUCCGCCACUGCCCAUUGUGCACCACUAGGGUUUUAAAGUCCAUAGAUUUUAAUGAAAUUUCUAUUCCUGUCUCUGA